GCGAAUUUGAUACAAUUAGCAAGAAUACACAGCGGUAGAGGCUAGUUUUUUUUUGUUCGCCAAUUUUGGUGUGAAAAGUUUAGAUUUUUAGCGACUUUUUGCUAUAGUAUUAAAAAGCUUAAUAUGAGUGUAACUGUUUCCAAAGAAUUUCAACAACAACUGGAUAAUGCUGGUGUAAAGAACGGGCUACAGAUCUGGAGAGUAAAGCCUGAUAAUCUGAUACCUCUACCGAAGUCGAGUUAUGGUGUUUUCCAUGAAAGCCACGCCUAUAUCAUACUGAGGACUUACACCUCUGUAAACGGGGUCACCAAGAUGUCUCUGCAUUACUGGACAGGAAAGACGUCCUCCAGAUCUAUUAGAAACAAAGCUUCGGAAUUCACUGUCAAACUCUACGCACAGCAGUCUUGCCUUACUACUCAAUACAGAGAAGUUCAAGGGUUUGAAAGUACAGAGUUUGAAAAAUACUUCAAGCGUGGACUUAUAUAUGUACGUGGAGAAGUUCGUGAAGACGAACCUGAAGGUUUUCCUCAUUUUCACGUCAAACGUAUCUUCCACGUCAAUGGCGAGUUUCCCACACGAGCUGCAGAAGUUGAUUUCGCAUGGUCGAGUUUUGUACGUAAUGACGUUUUCCUCAUUGAUAUUGGCAACGUCAUAAUGAUAUGGAGGGGUCAUGAUUGUACAGAUCGACAAUUGGCGAAGGGAAUGAUGUUGGCAAAAAUGAUAAAGACAUUCGACCGAGAGGAACUCGGUUAUAUUCACACCGUGCAUGAUUUUCAAAACCAAAAAGAUAACAAAAUGCUCAAAGAACUGCUUGGUAAACUGCCGGAUUCAAUUCCAGCAAAAGAAGUGAAGGAAGAGAAGAAAACUGAAUUGUCGGAAAUUGUUAUCUUCACUCUGAAAAAAGGUGAAGGGUUAUUGGUGGAAUUGAAUGAAGAACGAUGGCCACAACUUAAUAAACGAUCUCUACUUAAUGAUGAAUGUUAUAUGAUUGAUGUGCCAGGAAAAAAGAAAGUGUUCUUGUGGAUAGGUCAGGAUUGCAACCCUCAUAUAAAGAGCAUUAUUUGGAGCGCUAUCCUUAAUUACCUUGAACAAUUGAAACGUCCGUUAGACACCCAGGUUCAAAUAAUAGAUGACGGUGGAGAGACAGAUGAGUUCAUUGCUCUCUUUUCAGAUUGGGAUGCUGACCCCUUCCCAUGUGGUAGACGUUUAACCGAUCGAAGAUAUUCGUUUAAAGUUGCUCGAUUUGAUCAACCUGAAAUGCCCGGUGCUGGUGAUGGAAGGUUGGAGGUAUUUUUGAUUGACAAGAAAUCAUUGGUUCCAAUUGACCCGUCAAUGUAUGGAAAGUUCUUCAGUGGUGAAUGUUAUAUUGUGAGAUAUACAUUCAAAGAGUUUGGAAAGGAAAUGAAGAUAAUGUAUUACUGGGAGGGACGUAGAUCUGGUUCCUCCACUUUACUAUCCACCCCUACACGAGGAUCUCGGCUGAACUCAAACUUUCGUCUUGAUGGAACGACAGAAUGCCGAGUUGAAAUUGGCAAAGAACCUGCUCACUUUGUUGCUUUUUUUAAAGGGAAGUUCAUGGUUUUGAAGGGAAGUGACCCCAAGUCAUCAAAUCAAGAAAACCCACCCGCCCCUAACCCUGACAAAGUACCUGGGGUUACGUUGUACGUUGUAAGAGGUUCAAAUAUAUACAACACUAAAGCUAUUCAAGUCAGAUGCAGUUCAAGCUCAUUGAAUUGCAACUACCCAUACAUAUGUACCACACCAAACACUGUGUUUCUAUGGUGUGGUAAAGGAUGUAUAGGUGAUCAGAGAGACAUGGGACACAUUAUGGCAAAUAACAUGCUGGGAAACAAACCUCUAUGGGUGUUAGAAGAAGGGAAUGAGGUUGAUGAAUUCUUUGCAGCUUUGGGUGGAAGGAAGGAAUAUUCAAACAAGAUUGUACCAAAGGAUCCUGAUACAGUUAGAGAAGCUGUUACGUUUUAUUAUUAUGAAAACAAUGGAAAGUAUUAUUUCAAGGAAAUGUAUAAUAUAUCAAGACAUGAUUUACAUUCUGAAGAUAUUGUUUUGAUUGAUAUUUAUGAUGAGGUUUAUAUUUGGCUUGGAUCGAAAGUAGAUUCAGAGUUGGCUCAACGCAGCUUCCCAAUAGCUUUCCGUUAUUUACAAAGAAGUUAUAACAGGGGAGAUAUGAAAACUGCUGUUCUACUUGUAAAAGAAGGGAGUGAACCAAACAUAUUUACUCGCUUUAUUCCAAACUGGGAGGAUGAACAACCAAAAAAUAAUGUAGAAGAGAGACUAACACCAGCUCAUGUGAAAAGAUUGUUGGACAACGAAUAUGGGUUGCCUGUUUAUUCAAUUCAACAAUUAUCUACAUCAUGUCCUCAAGGUGUGGACCCAACAAAAAAAGAGAGAUAUCUUUCUGAAAGAGAUUUUGCUCAAACAUUCCGGAUGACACGAGAAGAAUUCUCGAAACUAAGUGAAUGGUAUCGAAAUGAUUUGAAAAAGAAAUUCAAUUUAUUUUAGCAACAAAAUAGCAAUAUAACGCAAUGUAAAUGCUACCACCAGCUUAAAAUAAAAAAAUAUUAUAUAAAUAUAAGAAAUUAGUAACUUGAAAUAAACAAUAAAUAA